CUGGAGCUCAAGGGGCUGCAAGAGGAGCCGGUGGAGGGCUUCCGGGUCACGCUGGUGGAUGAGGGCGACCUGUACAACUGGGAGGUGGCCAUCUUCGGGCCCCCCAACACCUACUACGAGGGCGGCUACUUUAAGGCUCGCCUCAAGUUCCCCAUCGACUACCCUUACUCGCCGCCGGCCUUCCGAUUCCUGACCAAGAUGUGGCACCCCAACAUCUAUGAGACAGGGGACGUAUGCAUCUCCAUCCUGCACCCCCCGGUCGACGACCCCCAGAGCGGGGAGCUGCCCUCGGAGCGGUGGAACCCCACCCAGAACGUCAGGACCAUCCUGCUGAGCGUCAUCUCCCUCCUCAACGAGCCCAACACUUUCUCACCCGCCAACGUGGACGCCUCAGUGAUGUACCGCCGGUGGAAGGAGAGCAAGGGCACAGACCGCGAGUACACAGACAUCAUCCGGAAGCAGGUCCUGGGGACCAAGGUGGAUGCGGAGCGGGACGGCGUGAAGGUUCCCACCACGCUGGCCGAGUACUGCGUGAAGACCAAGGCCCCCGCGCCCGACGAGGGCUCAGACCUGUUCUACGACGACUACUAUGAGGACGGCGAGACCGAGGAGGGCGCCGACAGCUGCUUCGGGGACGAGGAGGACGACUCGGGCACCGAGGAGUCCUGACCCCGCCCCGCCCGCCUACCCGCUGCCCGCCGAAUAAACUUACAGAUUUUACCUCAA